CCCCCCCCCACACACACACACACUUCGAGCAUGAACUCCCAUCGCCUGUCAAACAUAACUCUUUCACUCUAAUCUAAAAUGCCAGAGAUUAAAUGGGCAGCCAACUCUCCAUCCAUAAUUCUAUCAUCCCCUCCCCCCUUUAUCUCUCUCUCUCUCUCUCUCUCUCUCUCUCUCUCUCUCUCUCUCUCUCUCUCUUCCAAACUAGUCAUUUUGAGGCCACAAGCACGAUGUUUGGUGGACAGAGAGAGGAAGUUGGGUGGCAUGGAUUAGAUUAAGUUGGGCCAAAUUCAAGAGAUCACCCUUGGUGAGCGAGGCUGAUGGAUAGAUAGAUGGAUAAAAGUGUGUUUGUGUGUGAGAGAGAUAGAAAGGGAGGGAGAACGUGGUCGAUUCAUGCAAUCAGAGCUAAAAUCUGGCAGCAGGAGGUUGUUUCAGCCCAGAUAUGACCCAGCUCUCCCACCCCACCCUUCCGUCCUCCAGCACCCUGCUGCUAUUCCAUAAUAUCACACUACACCUCUUAGAGCUCACCAUGACAGCACUCACCAACAGAGUUGAGCCUGGGAUUGGAUGCAAAGUCAUGUACCUGCCGCGCCUCUCGCUCUCACAGUAGGAUCCUGGAUUGUCCCUCUUCGCUUGUAGGAGUAGUUGUGCGAGCGGAAAACACUCGCCUUCUCCUCGCCGGGUGUGAAAGACGUCGCCACAUGGAAUGCCCUGGAUUGAUUAUGGAUUUUGGACUUUUAUUUGAGAAUUGAUCAAAGAGAGAGAGAGAGAAAAAAAAGGAGGAGAAACAGGGAAGAAGUUUUGGGACAGGAAGAGGGACGACGGGAAGAAGCGGGCAGGGAGAUGGGAAACAUAAACAAAGCUUCAAAAAAGAACAGUAAAAGGAUGAAGGGGGAGUUGCCUAUAGAACAAAGUGGCACCCCAUUAGCUGCCGCCAUGCUGGGGGGCCUCGGUGGCGCAGGUGAUGUGGACACGGAUGAUGAGGAGGAGGGAGGCAGCGAGCAGGACUUUGAUGAGCCGCUGUGCGCUCUGGUUAAGAACUGCAACAUGCUGCACAACUUAGUGGGGCCUGCUUGCAUCUUCCUCAGACGAGGCUUUGCACAGAGCCAGCUUGACAGAGAUCUACGACCAGAGGAGAUGGAGGAGCUGCGUGAGGCCUUCAGGGAGUUUGACAAAGACAAGGACGGCUUCAUCAGCUGCAAGGACCUGGGCGAGUGCAUGAGGACUAUGGGAUACAUGCCGACAGAAAUGGAAUUGAUAGAACUCAGCCAGCAGAUCUGUGGCGGCAGAGUGGAUUUUGAGGACUUUGUUGAUCUGAUGGGUCCUAAGAUGCUCGCUGAGACUGCAGACAUGAUUGGAGUCAAGGAGCUGAGGGAUGCCUUCAAAGAGUUUGACUCUGAUGGUGAUGGUCAAAUCAGCCUUGGAGAGCUGAGAGAAGCCAUGAAGAAGCUAAUGGGGCAGCAGCUGAACCACCGCGAGAUGGACGAGGUCCUGCGAGACGUUGACCUCAACGGGGACGGAGAGGUGGACUUUGAAGAGUUUGUGCGGAUGAUGUCUCGCUGACUUUUCACCAAACUCACUCAGCUGCACUAAACACAACGUCUUCUUGAUGUUCCAAGACUUAUUGGUGUUUGUAGUUUUUUCUUUUACUUCCACCAUUUCUCAAGUAUAAGAAAAUCCCUUUAAUGUGCUACUGUUGUGUGAAUGCAUUAAUGUAAUGAGAGAUUAAAGACGGAAGUGUCUGCAAGGGGAUUGUUUAACCAAAGCUUCUCUUUAGAGGUGUAAUUAAACUUGAAUAUAUUUGAAAUUAAAAUCCCAAACCAGCAAUAGUUUAACUUCCAAAAAUGUAUUUUUGUGUUAUUUGGGGAUUUAACCUUUACAUAUGCAGUUUACUAUAUUACCUGACUUACAUUUGGAGUUUGGUGGAAAUUUUUAAUAACUUCAAACUUGAAUUUAACCAUUAGGACUGUGAUUGUGGGAUAUUAUUGUAGUGUUGAUAGCAAAAGAGACCUAUAAUUGUAUAGACUUAAUCAUUAGAAAUGACCUUUACCAUGAAUUUCAGCUAGUGCUAGCUAAUUAAAUGAUAUCAGAUGCUGUGAUUUCUAGUCUCAAAUAGCUGGAGUGGAUUUCUGAUUUCCGCUACAUAUAUAUAAACAUUAUGUUCUGUUUUCCUAUUCGGGUGAAAAUGUAUCAACAAUCUGUCUCAAGGUUCAUGUUUCAUCUCAUGCAACCAUAUGCACAUAUUUCAUGUUUUAAUUGUACAGUCUUUAACAGGUCAGAUCUUUUAAAAAUGCAUUGUAGAUUAACAAAAAAGUAAAUAAUAA